CUGGUAUCCGCGAAUCCUGGUGCCUUCGAUGAUUCUGCUUUUUCAGGCUGUUACGUGGUAUCUGUAUACACCCUACAGCGUGGACAUAUAUCAGAAAACAAACAACACACAUACACAGUGGAACAAGACUCAAGCCAAGUCCCUGCUUGAUAAUAUCGAUGAAUAUUUAAAUAAACAAAAGAUAAACACUAGCGUGAUUGGUGGCGAUGUUUUAAGCUCAGGUAGACAAUCGAAUGAUUUGGUAUUGGAUAGUAAGAAUAAAUUGAAGAUAUAUAUGUACAAUGUUCGUCAGUUAAGGUUACAAGGUCAUUUACACAACUUAAAUAUGUCGAAGUGUGCCUACAGUAAUUGCGAAGUUCUUUUGGUUCCCUACAUCACUGAUGAACCCGUUGGUGCCGACGCCCUCUUGUUCCAGGCAAACGUUAUGCACCCUGUGUUUCCUAGACGACGCUCCCCCAGCCAGGUAUUCGUGUUCCUAAACAACGAGCCGCCUUUGUAUGUCCAUGCUAAAGAGAGCGUUAACGCAUUUUCUAAGCCCUAUUUGUUUAACUGGACAAUAACUUACCGAAAGGAUUCUGAUAUAUGGAUGCCUUAUGGGCAUAUUAUACCUAGAUACCAAAGCAAAGCUAAAUUUCUUGAGAAAUUGGAAUCUGGAACGUGUGAUAGAAUCCCGGAGGUAGCAAGUACAGUUGAAGUCUUCCAAGAUAAACCAUAUAAUGAAAUAUUCAAAAACAAAACGGAACACAUUUUAUGGAUAGUAAGCCAUUGUAAAACGCAAUCCAAACGUGAAAAAUAUGUAAAAGAGAUGCAGAAAUUUACAAAAGUGGACAUAUUCGGCGCUUGUUCUGGUAAAAAGCCGCCCCACGCGGAAGAAAAAAAUCGUGUUGACAUGCAAUAUAAAUUUUACUUAGCAUUUGAGAACAGUUUAUGCACGGAUUACAUAACCGAGAAAGUAUACAAGUGGUACCCACAAGACAUCAUAGUUGUUGUUCGAGGAAAAGCUAAAUAUUCCAAGUUUUUACCAAACAACACCUAUAUUAACGCAGACGAUUUCAACUCACCACGUGCGUUAAGUGAAUACCUUAAUGAACUUGGCUCAAAUGAAGAGGCUUAUACUGGUUUCCUUAAACGUAAGGAUCUCUACCACGUGGUCACAGAAGUUGAAAGCGUACAGACGGCAUUCUGCAGUCUCUGCAGGAAGCUGAAUAAUGUUGAUUUCAACAGGAAAACUAUUGAAAAUGUGACACAAUGGUGGUAUGAAACUGACAACAAGAGCAAUACAAACGAGGAGAUAAACGUAAAUAGUCAUCAUAAGUAAAUGUCGUUUACGCAAAUGUGUUCAUUAUUUCCGAAAAUGACGCUUAUGUUUUAGUAACUAAAUUCAAAUUUAUUUUGAAAUUUUUGCGGGAAUUUGAGCAGUGAUGUUUGGCUGAUCACAGCUCCGUUUAAAAUUGCCCUUUAUUAUAAGAAAUAGUGACAGAACGUAGUCAUAUUUGGUAUUAAAUAAUAAAAAAUAUGUCGUCUAUACAGUGACUAUAUUAUUAAUUUCAUAAAACGGACGGUUAAAGUGAAAUUUGUGAAAUUGUGGAAUAUUCUUUGGCAAAAAAUUGGACUUUCUAGUGCAUAGAGAAGACCCCUGGACGCUUUGGAUCUAUUGAAUCUAUUCAGCAUUAUACAAUAACUAAUUGGAUUAUUCCGCCGAUAAACAGUGAACCCGUAAAUAAUUGGCUCAGUGGCUUAGUUAAUUGACAGUAUUUACUGGAUUAUAUCAUACAACAUCAAGAAUACAGUGUCAAUAUAACAAUGAGUAAUAGAGGUAAAUCCGACAACUGACAAAAACAUGAUUCAUUCACGGCACGCAGUAGUUCUUGCACGAGCUUUCCGUUUUUUGUACUGUAUGAUUUUUAGGUGUUAAUCCCAAAUGUUAUAAAGGAAAGAAAUUGU